AUGGACGAAUUCGCCCAGACGCGCGGCGUCGACGACCUUUUCGACGACGAGAUUAUCCCUGUCGCACCCUCGCAAGUCGAGGUCGAGUACACUGACGAUGUUCAACCAUACGAUGCCGCGCAACCAGAUGCCGUCUCCCCUCAGGCCCCGCAGGAGCCUACACCUGUCGAUCGAAACGGCGGACAAUAUAAUCGAAGACGUGGGAAUGGCGGAGGUCGAGGACCACGCGGGGGCCUAUAUGUCAGAGGUGCAAAGUCGACUGCCACCGUAAAUCGGCAGCAAGAUGAGACCGAGAGCACGGUAAAUCAUGAGUCAACGAGUAAUCAGUCUGAUAAGGAACAAGCGCCCGCGGGAGCAACCGAACUUACUGGUGCGGAUGGCGGUGACCCAAAGCAGAAGGAAGUUGUGAAGCCAAAGGUGCCUGCUGUACGCGGGGACAGGAGUGGUACUGGUGGUAUCAAGAAACCUAGACUUACUGAAGGAGAACUAUCGGAGCGGAUGGCAGCCGUCAAGAUUGCGGCAGCCAAACGCGCCGCCGCCCAUGCUCGCGCAGAAGCAGACGAGGCUUCGUUUCAGCAACGCGAGCGAAUUGCGGCAGAGAGACGCGCCCAAGAGCGCCAGAAUCAUCGUGUCAUGACAAAUGAGCGUGAACAAAAUAGGCAAAGAAAACUCCGGGCGCAAACUGGCCGGGAAUGGGAUGCAGAGAAAUCGCAAGAUACGUUUGGAGACCGUGGAAGGGGCAGAGGUGCUUAUCGCCGUGGCAUGCACGGCGGUGUUGUAAGUGAGGGCCACAGAAGAGAGAAUUUUACGACUUUUCAAGAUGGCGAGACCGAGAAAUUUGGUGACAAUGGAUACCGUGGACGAGGAGGCCGAGGCGCCCGUGGCGGACGGGGACGUGCAUCCGGGCGUGGUCGAGGCCGUGGAUGCCCGACGAGUCCCAACAACGCUGAUGUUCCGCCGAAUGCAGCUGCUCAGGACACAGGCGUCCAGUCGCCUCCCGCCCUCGGAGCUGACAGUGAAUUCCCUGCUUUGCCCGGCAGUAAUAAGGAUGAGGCUCGGGCCAUGUCUCUGAAUACGGAGCAGCCGUCCGCUGCCGUGAGCACCGAUGCUUCGAUUUCUCCAACACCAAUUCAGGGGUCGUGGGCUGAUCAUGUCGACGAACUCCACAAAGCCGAAGCAGAAGCCGAGAAUAAGGCUUCUCAGUCUACCUGA